CAGAAUCUCCCCCGCCACAUAUUUUCCAGUGUUUGGGCAUCACUGCUGUGAGAAGUGCAAACAUUUGGGAACUAUUGGGUAGCAGCAGGGGAAAGAUGUUAGCAGAGAGAAAACCUUGUUGGAAGUGUUUUCGAAGCAGGUCACCGCUCAAAUGUAUUUUUUCUUAAAGCUAGCUUAGUUACGUUAGCACCUAAACGUGACACGGUUGAGUGCUACUUCAGCGGUGAUGUGUUUCAGCUCUCCACAUGAUCCUACAUUACAAAGACUGACUGAGUAUUACUUUGACUUGCAGAAUAACUUGUAGAUCUGGAUUUCAAAUAAACUGCGGUCCGAAGUUCGGGUUACAGCCUCCCCCACGUCAGCUCCCAGGCUGUAGACAGGGCCAGUGCGAGCUGACUAUGGAGGGUGGUGGACUGGUUUGAGGACAAGCAGGACAAAAGUGUUCACCAUGGGGAGCCACAGGAACGGUUUUACUAAGGAGAGUUUCAUUUUGUCUGUGGAUGUCGGGACUACUUCGAUCAGAUGUCAUGUCUAUGACAAGGAGGCAGAAAUCCGAGGGUCAUGCUCCACCAUGGUGGUUCCCUUGUAUCCAGAGGUAGGACAUGUGGAAAUGGACCCAGAAGCAAUAUGGGAAGGGUUUAUCACUGUGGUCAAGGGAGCUGUGCAAGAUGCAGGAGUUCACAUGCGUCAGAUAGAGGCCCUGGGCAUCUCCACUCAAAGAGGCACUUUCACAACAUGGGACCGGAGAACGGGAAUUCCUUUCCACAACUUCAUCAGCUGGCAGGAUCAGAGAGCUGCAGAUUUGGUGAAGUCCUGGAACAGAUCCUGCACAAUGACGGCCAUCCAGGGCGUGAUGAAGGUGCUCUACUUCUUCACCAGACAGAAACGGUUGCUGUCAGCAAGUCGUCUCGUCUUCUCCCCUCAACAUGUAACCUUCCGCCUCGUCUGGGCCCUCACACACUACAAGCAGGUACGUCAGGCGGCAAGUAAAGGCAACUGCUGCUUUGGAACAAUCGACACCUGGCUGCUGUUCAAACUCACCAAAGGGCAAGUCCAUGCCACAGAUUACUCCAAUGCCAGUGCUACAGGAAUUUUUGACGCCUUCCAGAUGUGUUGGAGUGGCUUUCUCAGCUCUAUGGUUUCUAUACCUCUCUCUAUUUUCCCCAAAGUAGAAAACACUAGCUAUGACUUUGGAUACACAGACCCGUCCAUAUUCGGUCUGCCCAUCCCCAUCAUGUCAGUGAUAGCGGACCAGCAGGCAGCCAUGUUUGGAGAGUGCUGCUUUGAUGUUGGUGAUGUCAAGAUCACCAUGGGAACCGGCACCUUCAUGGACAUCAACACCGGGAAUACACCACAUACAUCGUCGGCAGGUCUGUAUCCUCUGGUGGGAUGGAAGAUCGGCUCAGAGGUGGUGUACCUGGCCGAGGGCAAUGCAGCGGACACAGGCACCGCCAUCAAAUGGGCUCAGGAGCUGGAGCUCUUCUCUGACGUCCAGGAGACCAGCGACAUGGCUUACAGUGUCAGCGACUCAGACGGAGUGUGCUUCGUUCCCUCCUUCAACGGCCUGCAGGCUCCUCUGAAUGAUCCCAAAGCCUGUGCCUCCCUCAUGGGCCUCAAACCCUCCACCACUAAGAGUCAUCUGGUCCGAGCCAUUCUGGAGUCUGUGGCCUUCAGGAACAAGCAGCUAUAUGACACAACCCUGAGGGAAACUCAUAUUCCCAUCACAAAGAUCAGGUGUAGUUUCUUUCCCUAA